AUGCUGUAACAGAAGUCAUUUUGUCUUUCUGCUCAUGGCCUCUUAUAGUAGUAGUGAGACUCACACGCACACAUUGGGCUCCCAGGUAGGGCAAGGUUAGGUUAAUGAGUGACUACACUAGGCAGAGGACAGGUACUGUAUUUUGUGUAGUCUUUGUUUGACACAUCCUGUGUGAAAACUACUCACUGUGGUAAGACCAUCAGACGUACAUUCCAGAUUCGCACAACUAGGACCUGAGAACCCCAAAAGGAUGAGCGACCAGCCAUAACCACCAAGCCCAGACAACCAGAACCCUGGUCAGAACCACUUUCUCUCUCCCUGUUGCCGACUGCCGACGCCCUGGGACCCGUCGUCACCAUGGAGACGGUGGUGAUCGUGGCCAUUGGGGUGCUGGCCACCAUCUUCCUAGCCUCCUUCAUUGCCCUGGUGGUGGUGUGUCGACACCGCUACUGCCACCCCCACCACCUGCUGCACCACUUCAACUCCAAGCCCAAUGGACUGACCUGCUGGUUUGAAGCUAUAAGUCUAUGGAUUGAACAGAGCGACUUCACAGCACUAAGACCCAAUGUUGACCUGAUCGGUGCCAUGGAGACCCAGAGUGAGCCGUCUGAGCUGGAGUUGGACGACGUGGUCAUCACCAACCCUCACAUCGAGGCCAUCCUGGAGAACGAGGACUGGAUCGAGGACGCCUCUGGAUUGGUUUCACAUUGUAUCUCCAUCUUAAAGAUCUGCCACACCCUGACUGAAAAGCUGGUUGCCAUGACAAUGGGCUCAGGCGCUAAGGUGAAAGCCCCAGCCAGCCUCAGUGACAUCAUCACUGUGGCUAAACGCAUCAGUCCGAGGGUGGAUGACGUUGUGCGGUCAAUGUACCCUCCACUGGACCCCAUACUUCUUGAUGCCAGGGCCACCGCCCUCCUCCUGUCAGUCAGUCACCUGGUGCUGGUGACACGCAACGCCUGUCACAUGUCUGGCAGCAUGGACUGGAUCGACCAAUCACUGCACGCCGCUGAGGAUCACAUGGUGGUGCUGCGGGAGGCGGCGCUAGCGUCUGAACCGGAACGGAGUCUACCUGGAAUAGACGUGCAGAGAGAGCAGGCUAUCUAGAACACACAGACAUGUACAUACACACAUGCACGCAUACAUUCACAUAGACAUUGGCAAGCAGGCACAUACACUCCUUCUCUAUACAUCAUACAAAUGGACACAUUAAUGCACAUCUCGGGCACAUUCUCACGCAUACACAAUGCUUGAUAAACACACAAUAAAAAAACUCGACACAUUCCCAAUGCUCUUUCCCACUGUUGUUCUGUGCUGAUUUACAUACAGAUGGGUUGCUAGAUAAUAGAAAAGAGCUGGUUUUAGAAAAGGAUGGGUUGCUAGAUCCUUGUGCUAUUUUGCUCUUGAUCCUUUGACUUUUACCAUGUUUCUGGUUUUGUAUAUAGUUAUGUAUAACCAUACUGUAUGUUAUGAUUAGGAUUUAUAUAGAUUUUAUGUUACACUCUCAGAUUGUAUUGUAAGUGGAGAGCUCAUUGAGACAGGCUUGUGUGUAGUUGUUGCCAUGGAUGACUGCCCCCUUGAUAUUCAUUCCUGGGUGUCUUCCAUCUCCCAGCGGUGAGCUAUAAUCCACCCCGUUAGGAGUGCACAGUCACAUGGAAGCUUAAAUUUAGUCAACUAAUCCAUGUGGGGGAAAACACCCAAUAGGACCAAAGGCCUGGGAAAUACAUGCACACCUACUCAGAGCAAUACACUCUUAUUUAGAGCAAUACACUCUUACUCAGAACAAUACACUCUUACUUAGAGCAAUACACUGAUACUCAGAGCAAAAUACUCUUACUUAGAGCAAUACACUGCUACUCAGAGCAAUACACUGCUACUUAGAGCAAUACUCUUACUCAGAGCAAUACACUGCUACUCAGAGCAAUACACUGAUACUCAGAACAAUACACUCUUACUUAGAGCAAUACACUGCUACUCAGAGCAAUACACUCUUACUUAGAGCAAUACACUCUUACUCAGAGCAAUACUCUUACUCAGAGCAAUACACUCUUACUCAGAGCAAUACACUGCUACUCAGAGCAAUACACGGCUACUCAGAGCAAUACACUGCUACUCAGAACAAUACACUCUUACUUAGAGCAAUAUACUCUUACUCAGAGCAAUACACUGCUACUUAGAGCAAUACACUGCUACUUAGAGCAAUACACUCUUACUCAGAGCAAUACACUGCUACUUAGAGCAAUACACUGCUACUUAGAACCCGGAGUCAAGACAAGCCUCCCUACCAGCUGAAGGUGUUGGGCGGCUUUUUGUUGACCGGUGGUGCGAUGUUAUUGGAGCAUUGCUAGCUGCCUCUCCAUGCAUGCCUAAUACCGUAGCUUGAACUUGAAACCCAAGAGCAGUAAUCACAGUAUAAGCCAGCUUUACACACACACUGCCCAGCCCUAACACAGCUCACAGAGCUGCGAACACUGCACCACACACUCAAGCUUACAGAGCAACCGUAACAGAGUUCCCACACUGCUAACCUAAGGAGCAACUGUACACGGUGAUACACACACUUACGCAACGAGACAGCGUGGAGACUGUACACACACACAUUAGAGUUUAUAGGCAAAACUAUAUUGUUAAACACUCGGUCAAGCUUAGAGACAAAUCAGGUGUUUUUUCACUUCUGUCUUUCUGAGAAGAUAUGCCUUUUGUGCCGUUGUCCUUCUUGUAAUUCAAGCUCUGAAAUAAUUCAAGCUCUGAAAUAAUUCAAGCUCUGAUAUAAUUCAAGCUCUGAUAUAAUUCAAGCUCUGAAAUUCCGCCUAAGAGAAGACUGCCAGUAUAACUGCAGCCUACAUCAGAUAAGCAGAGCUCUGUGAUGGAACGAUAUUGAUUGAGAUGAAACAUGAAGAAAGUGGCCACGCCUUUAUUUUCCUGGUUUCCAUUGUUUAUUACAAUUGAUUGCUUUUGUAUGUAAGCUCUCCUGUGUUUUCUCCUCCCCACCCACCGUCCGUUAGUGAUGUUACCUUAUAUCCUGCCCUUUUCACCUUUCUCUUUUUUUCCUCCAUUGAUUUGUACAGGUAAAUUAAAGUUUCAUAGGAAAAUGUGUAA